CAUAUAGGGCAAGUCCUGCAGCCUGCUGCUGUUUACCCUCCUGCUGCUGCCGACGCGUCCACAGCGGCUACAGGCGGACCGAGUCUGGAUCCUAACCCCGCUGCCGAGGCCAAAUUCAUGAGAGAGAGGGGCGCGUGGAGUCCGGCUCUAAAUGGAGAUACUUCGGUUUUCCGCUUUCUGGUGUGGAACGAUACUCUUUGGUAGUAUCGUGCUCGAGGAGGCGGCGGAAGCCUCCAUAAUGAAGCUACGGAGGUUGUGCAAGUUUUGUGAUGAGAAACUAACCAGCUGCACCGGCAAAGGCAGCUGCAUGGUGGAGUGUGAAAUCACUGCCAUCUGCCCCCACGAGGAAGACGUGUGUGUCAGUAUCUGGAGGAGGAAUGACACCAUCUUCACUUUUGAUACCGUGUGUCACAACCCGGCCCAGAAGCUGCACGGCCUGGUUCUGGAGGAUUACAACAACAGCAAGUGUGAAAUGAAGGAGAGGAAGGGCAUGGGCUCCCAGUUCUUCAUCUGCUCCUGCUCUGAGGACGAGUGCAACGAGCGCAUCUUUUUCAACUCCAAUAAGGACUCCCAGGUGGUGGCGGUCAUCUUGGUCAGCCUGGUGCCUCUUCUGGUUAUGGCCGUCGUCGUCAUCACUUCCUUCUACUGUUACCGGGUCUACCGCCAGCGCCAAGCCCACUCCAAGCGCAAGAAGGGUCCACUGGACUUCAGCGACGCUCGCGCCAUCAUCAUAGACGAGGAGGGUUCAGACAGCAGCUCCACGCUCGCCAACAACCUCAACCACAACACCGAGCUGCUGCCCAUCGAACUCGACGUCCAGGUCGGGAAAGGGCGCUUUGCGGAAGUGUACAAAGCCAAGCUGAAGCAGGGCUCCUCCGUCAGCGAGGAGCAGGGCUUCGAGACGGUGGCAAUUAAAAUUUUCUCGUACGAAGAAUACGCCUCAUGGAAGAACGAGAAGGACAUUUUCUCUGACGCGGAUCUGAGACAUGAGAAUGUGCUUCACUUCCUCACGGCGGAGGAGAGGAAGGUGCAGAGACAGUACUGGCUGAUCACGGCCUACCAGCCGCGAGGGAACCUCCAGGAGUACCUGAGUCACCACAUUAUCAACUGGCACGAGCUGUGGCUGCUGGGGGGUUCGCUCGCCCACGGAGUGGCCCACCUCCACAGCGACCACACCACCUGCGGCCGGUACAAGGUGCCCAUCGCGCACAGGGACAUUAAGAGCUCCAACAUCCUGGUGAAGAGCGACCUGACCUGCUGCCUGUGCGACUUCGGCCUGGCGCUCCGGCUGGACAACACUCUGUCUGUGGAUGAGCUGGCCAACAGCGGGCAGGUGGGCACAGCCAGGUACAUGGCCCCAGAGGUGCUGGAGUCCAGAAUCAACCUAGAAAACAUUGAGUCCUUCAAACAAGCUGACGUUUAUUCCAUGGCUCUUGUACUUUGGGAGAUCAUCUCCAGGUGCAGCGCAAUCGGAGAGGUGAAAGAGUACGAGCCGCCGUUUGGAAACCUGAGGGAGCAUCCAUGCGUGGAGAGCAUGAAGGACAGCGUCCUCCGAGACCGGGGACGACCUGAGAUCCCCAACAGCUGGAUCAACCACACAGGCAUCCAGAUGGUGUGCGCCUCCAUAGAGGACUGCUGGGACCACGACCCGGAGGCCCGUCUCACAGCCCAGUGUGUCGCAGAGCGCUUCGACGACAUGGAGUACCUGGACAAGCUGUCGGAGCGCUCCAACUCGGAGGAGAAGAUCCCCGAAGAGAUCUUUGUGGUGGAUGAGAAGUAGGCGCUGAGCAGAAACGCUGCCCCCGUCAGGGCGGCCGAGGCAUCACAGCCGAGCAGCUGGUGGAGGAAGGAGCUCCGGUGGAUGCGCUGCUGGCACGGUUCAUCGCAGAUGAGCAGCAGAUGAGCAGCAGAUGAGCAAACUGGGAAGUCGAGUAGAAGAAAAUGAACUGCUGCCAGACACGAGCUUCCACAAAGCAUCAGGAUCAAGUCGGGACCAAACAGGGAGAUCACAUUAUAAAGCUUCUUUAACCAAAUACUAUUUGCACUUUAUGAAUAUCUAUGCACACCAAAUUCUAUGUAUUCCAUUUCUGUUUUGUUUUGACUACACAUUUCAGGUAUAGGAAGUAAAGGGACUGCACAUGUUUCUGAAGCCAAAAGGGACCAAAUGAAAGAUGUUAAUAACACUAAUACCCCCCUCAUAGUCGCCCAGUUUGUUUCCCGGGGUGGUUUUAGAUAAAAGACUAGACGACACCAGAUUCAAGGUGCAAUUGGAAUUAUUCACGAGGAAAAGCUGGAGAGCUGUUUAAGGCAAUAAUAUGCAGGGAAUGCUGAUAGAAUAUCUCCAGGACUAUGAGCUGCAGAGUAAAGAAAUCAGCCUGAAAGGAAAAGAAAACAGAUAUACAGUAUAUAUAUAUGUGUGUGUGUGUGUGUGUGUGUGUGUGUGUGUGUGUGUGUGUGUGUGUGUGUGUGUGCGCGCGCGCGCGCAUAUUACUCAGAGGAAAAGUGAAAGUGUGUUUUUAUCUGACCAAGAGGAAAAAAAGGGAAUAGAGCGUAUAUUGAGGACUCUGAACUGGAGGAUGCCUGUAUGUUGUAAAAGCUGAACGUCUUCGUUUUCUUGUUUUUUGUUGUUUUGUUUUUUUUUUUUACAGAGAAGAGAAUUCUGAUCCAAAGCUCAGAAAGUAUAUGUAUCAAAUUAAUUUUGUAUAAAAGUCUAAAGCCAUUAUUAAAAGUGUUACCGUACUCGA